AUGCUCAACGCCACGAAUUUCUACUUGCGGAAGACAUGGAUCUGCUACCAGUGUGGGCUCAAGGUUAGCGAGGUAUGGAGCAUAUCUUCCUAUGAGUUUAAAGAUCUGGACGACAGUUCAAACGGGAGCAGUUCAGUGACAACGGACAUGUAUUCGCCGGAAACGUCAGAUUCAAAUGAGCGAAAGCUUAAAUGUGAAAUAUGUGGCAACGAAUACGCGUGGCUGAGCAGCUUACGUCGUCACCAAUUGCAAUGCGUCCCGAGACUGAUCGUGAAGGACAUAGAGCAACUGACAUAUACGAAGAAGCCAGUGAUUUACAAGUGCCCGAGAUGCAGCAAGAGUUAUCAGUUGGAAACGUCCUUACGAAGACACCAGAGGUUGGAGUGCGGCGUCGAGCCUAAGCACGAGUGCCUGUUAUGUGGUCUUCUGGCGCAGAUGCUAAUGCAGGACAACAGCGAAUGGAGUCAUCGUGGAGCGAGUGGAUCGACGUACAAGAUGGAUUCGCUCAGAGGUGAACGAAAGAAGAGUACGGGCGAUUCCAAGUACGAGUGUAACAGAUGCGGAAAAUCGUACAAGGCCAUGACAUCUUUGAGUCGACACAAGCGGCUUGAGUGUGGUGUCGUACCUUGUGAGGUAUGUCCCAUAUGCGGCCGCAGAUUCAAGCACAGAUUCGUUCUGAACGCCCACAUUGUCGGUUGCGAGAGGAGAAUGAAUCAAACGAUACAGAAGAAGGACGAUGAUUAA